AUGAAAGAUAGAUUUAUAGUUUCAUUGUUUAUCAUAGUGUUUCUGUUGGUUCAAUCAUAUUUUCCAUUGAGAUACUACUAUCUUUUGUUGGUAAACGAUAAUAACAAGUACAACGACAUCGACUAUCUAGCUAGUUUGGGACAGUCGCGUAUCGAUUCCAUUCCACUCGACCAACUGUUAGCACUUGACGACGAACGAUUCGUCUGGCGUAUGUUCUCACCUACCUCUGCAAACCUAAAGUGUACUGCAAAUUAUUUCUUUCAACAUAAUCAAUCAAGACUCGCUAUCGAUCGACCUGCUACUCUCACCGCUCAUCGAUAUCAGCAGCUUCCUUUUGUCACUGGCAAUCGGUGGGUUACUCUCGCUCCGAGUGGCAAUCGGUGUAUCGAAUCGAUUGGAAUCAUCGUUGAUUGCCAUAAUCAAGUGCUAUAUAGUAUUCGCCAGUCAGACCGACAACUUCCAGCAUCACUACCUACUGAGUUUGAUUCUCGUAGUUUUGGCAUCGGUCGAUUGGCACGCGAUAAGCAACGUUGGACCAAAGAAACAGUACUGUUGGCAACUACGGCUGAUUCUCAUACAACUCUCGGUCGUCUAUAUUUGGACGUCGGUGGCAAAGCUACAUCCGAAUUGGAUCUACGGUUACUCGCUGCCAAGAAUGAUCGGACCGGAAUUCCGACAGCUGGCAGAGUCUAUGAUCAACAUGAUCUUUGGUGA